AAUAAUAUAAUUAUUAUGAACCGGCACUAUAACUUUAUAUUUGUAAAUAAAUUCAUUGCACGUGCAUAAACAUUGCAUUUUAUAAACAAUUAAUUAAUGUGAAAUAAAAUAUUCUAAAAAUUAGUUUGCAAAAUGUCUGUAGAGGAGUUAAGCGGUUCCGAACUUGGUACCAAAAACUAUUGGGAUAGCAGCUACAACCAAGAAAUUGCCAAUUAUAAAAAUCAUGGAGACGUGGGAACAAUUUGGUUCGAUGAAGACUCUCAAAUCCGUAUCAUAAAUUGGAUAUUGAAGCAAGAUACAUUGAGUGAUGAUAUCAGUAUAGUGGAUAUGGGCUGCGGCAACGGUAUGCUUUUAAUAGAAUUAGCUCGAGAAGGAUUUUCCAAUUUACUUGGUGUGGACUACUCAGAUGGUGCUAUUGAAUUAGCUAAGCAAAUAGCCAAAGAUCAAGAUUUAAACAUUCGAUAUCAAGUUGCGGAUUUAUUGAAUACAGAAGUCUGCCGACAACAACUAGGAACCUUCGGAAUCGUCCACGACAAAGGUACCUACGACGCCAUCAGUUUAUGUCCAGACAAUCCAAAAGAGAAACGUGACACAUACCUUAACACAGUUCAUAGCCUUAUGGAUGAAAACAGUUUAUUCAUUUUAACAUCUUGCAAUUGGACAGAAGAUGAGCUCUUAAUUAGUUUGGCAGAUAAAUUCAUUAAAAAAUGUUCAAUUCCGACACCAACCUUUAAAUUUGGUGGCAAAAUCGGUAGUGUGGUCACUUCGAUGGUUUUUACAAAAAAAUGAAUUAAAUAAAAAUUGUGUUGCAUAUAGUUUUAUAUAAUAAUAUAUUUUAAUAUUUUGAAUAAUAAAACCUCUUCAUUUACAAAAAAACUAGAAAUGAAUUCAUUUUUAUUUACAAGUUCAUCCAAAUUUACACACAUACAAAUGUAAAUCUGUGUUCAGACACGUCUAGCUUUCGUAGCCUUUGUGCUCUUCGUCUUCCAUAUAAAAUUUGACAUUCCUCUUCAUUUUGAAAUUCUUAAAAUGGUUGCACUUACUUUGUGAUAAAGUAUUUCUACCAACUCUACUGUUUAUGACGUCACAUGACACCUCUCCAAUAUUUGACGUUUGUUCGUAUUCGUUGCACUUAGCUCUGUCAAACCGAAGCGAAAUUUCACGGGCGGUGGUGUGUUCGUACUCGUGCAAACGUGGAACGGACGAAGCAGAAGCAGAUAGGUGGACAUCGAGUUCAAGCAGAAUAAUAAUUUUUUCCGCGUUUUCAAUUAUAUUUUAAUUGCCGAAAGCAAGAAAAAAGUUCAUUAAAUAGCGCAUUCG